CUUUUAUUUUGACAUUUAACCGGAUGUUGUGGAAGACGUCAUUUCCUGCGCAUGUCCACCUCCUCGCCACACACGUGAAGUCAGUGAGCUGAAGUCAUGUCUAAAGCUAAACAAAAACGAGCUAAACGUCUCGGGUUCCUCGGAAAGCUAAAGACAAAAGAUGGACAAAAGGACGACGCUUCAGGGCAGAAAAAGAAUUCAGAGCAGUCAUCUGUCAAAGACCGCACAAAACCAGAAGAGAUCCGGAAGCAGAGGCUUCAGGACCUCCAGGACCGGCAGAAAGUCUCUAGAGAACGAGAGAUGAUGAAGAGGAGGAAUCUCCAAAGCUUUCAGAAUGACAUCCUACAGCGACAAAGAGAGUUUGAGCAGAAGGAGACGGAGAUGCAGAGUUUGGAGAAGAAUGUUAAUUUUGAAAAUGAGAAUUCGAGAAAAGCAUAUUACAGAGAAUUUAAAAAGGUAGUGGAUGCCUCAGAUGUGAUUUUGGAGGUGUUGGAUGCACGUGACCCUCUCGGCUGCAGAUGUCCUCAGGUGGAGCAGGCGGUCAUUCAAAGCGGAACGAACAAGAAGAUAGUCUUAGUGCUUAAUAAAAUUGAUUUGGUGUCAAAGGAAAUCGUGGAAAAGUGGAUUAAAUAUCUUCGUAACGAGUUUCCUACGGUCGCUUUUAAAGCAUCAACUCAGCAGCAGAACAAGAACUUGAAACGCAGUAACGUACCAGUGACACAGGCCACCACAGAGCUUCUUAGCACCAGCGCUUGUAUUGGUGCAGAUUGCUUGAUGAAGCUGCUCGGCAACUACUGCCGCAACCUGGACAUAAAGACGGCCAUCACCGUCGGCGUUGUAGGUUUUCCUAACGUGGGGAAGAGUAGUUUGAUCAACAGUUUGAAACGGGCACGAGCGUGUAGUGUCGGAGCCACUCCUGGUGUCACCAAGUGCCUUCAACAGGUGCAUUUGGACAAAUACAUCAAGCUUCUAGAUUGCCCCGGCAUCGUCAUGGCAACUUCAACGACCGACGCAGCGAUGAUUCUUCGCAACUGUGUGAAAAUCGAACAGCUUGUAGAUCCCCUUUCACCCGUUGAAGCCAUCCUUCGACGCUGCAACAAAGCGCAGAUCUUGGAGCACUACGGAGUUUCAGACUUUCACACAGCUCUGGAGUUCUUGGCGAUGCUCGCUCGACGUCAAGGCAAACUGAGAAAGGGAGGACUGCCUGACACUGACAAAGCAGCAAAGAGUGUGUUAAUGGACUGGACAGGGGGAAGGAUCAGCUACUUCACGCAUCCUCCAGAGACGCACACUCUUCCCACGCACGUCAGCGCUGAGAUUGUUACGGAGAUGGGUAAAGCUUUUGACUGGGAUGAGCUGGAAAAAGGAAACCAGGAGGUUCUUGCAGAGUCAUCUUGUCCUGAUAUCCAAAUGGGAUUCUGCAUGGAAACCACUGGAAUGACAGAAGGUGUCCAGGGUGAACUACCGUCUGACCUGGAAACAGUGGGGGGGUUCUCGGAAGAGCCAGAAUUUAAAGACGAAACUGAAUCUAUGGAUGAUGGCCAUGACGCAGAGUUUGGACCAAUGACGGUGGAGAUAAAAUCUCAGAGGUCGAAGACGGGCUUGCCUGCAAGUGAUGCGGCACCGAGGGCUCCGAAUCUGAAGGAUAUCUUGGGUGUAGAUCCUCUACAGCAGGGUCAGGCACUCCUGGCUGCCGGCAAGAAGAGGAAAAAGCAACAGAAAAGAGCUGACAAAAUUGCCACCAAACUCUCUGACACCUUGACAGCUGCAAUGGAUUUCUCAUUUUCAGAUUAAAAUAAAAGACUAAAAGAAUACAUUA